AUGGUAGCAGCCAUGGAGGAGCAAGCGUCCAAAGGAGGCUCAGAGGAAACUUUCGCCGUCGUGAAUCCUGCGGGCCAGGCCGCCGUCACGGGGUCCGGCGACGGCGCGAACCAUCAGACCGGCGAACACGACGCGACGAUUACGAGGCCGCUGCCGCCCCGUAGUAAUAAUUAUGGGGCCGUCGUCAUCGGCGGCACCUUCGACCGCCUGCACCGCGGCCACCACCUCUUCCUCCAGGCGGCGGCGGAGCUGGCGAGGGAGCGGAUCGUGAUCGGCGUCUGCGACGGCCCGAUGCUCGCCAAGAAGAAGUAUGGUUACCUGAUACAACCAAUCGAGACGCGGAUGGAAAAUGUCAAGGAUUAUAUCAAGUCUGUCAAGCCGGAUCUUGAGGUUCAUGUCGAACCAAUCAUCGACCCUUAUGGCCCCUCCAUUGUCGACGAGGCUCUCGAGGCGAUCGUUGUCAGCAAGGAGACAUUGCCAGGAGGGCAUGCUGUCAACAGGAAGAGGGCCGAGAGAGGCCUCACACAGCUGGAGAUUGAGGUGGCGGAACUAGUGCCAGAGAAAUCUACAGGAAACAAGAUCAGCUCUACAGCAUUCAGAAAGAUUGAGGCCGAAAAGGCGCUGCAGCAGCAAAUGCUGGACCAGCAGGAGGAGCAACAAGCAGUUGAGUUGGAGUGCAGGACAUAG